AUAUUUUAUUUUAUAUUUGAAGCACUGUUUGAUUUUUUUCCCACCUUUUUGUACCCUUAUAUAUAAAAUACUACAAUUAGCCAUCACUUUUGAUGGCACGGGGCCAGCUAGUCUUUAAUAAUGUAUACAUUUUUAGAGGGGACGUGGUUUUUAUGUCUGAAAGCCUUUACUAUCUCCAGCCAUUUUCUGAUAAAGACUGGGUAGAUCUUAGCAUGCCAACAACACUGUAGAGGUUGCCUGCACUGCUGCUUGUGGAGCCUACAUCUUCUUUGUUGUGGAACACAAUAUAUGCUAGGAUAUUUAUAUAUUACAUAUAAUUUGUAUUGUGAGACAUUCUCUUCAUCUGCUUUUGACUGAGGAUACACCAGUUUCAGCACCUUGCAGCAGAACCACUCCUUCCUGAGUUCCUUCUUACCCACUGUGUAACACGGUUUUCUUUCAACAUGUUAUCUACACAAUUGACCUAAUAACCACACCUCCAAACUAUUAUCUAUAUAACCUUUACCUCAUUAAUCUGUUCUCUAUGCAUGAUAUAUCCAAAAUAUUCUAUGCUCAGAAUAUUACAUAAUCACUGAAAUAUUAUGGUUUGUCCAGAAUAUUAUGGUCUGUCAGGAACAUUAUGGUAUGUCCAAAAUAUGUUGUGUCCAGAAUAUUGGGGUAUGUCCAGAAUAUUAGGGUAUGUCCAGGAUGUUGGGUUAUGUCCAGAAUAUUGGGUUAUGUCCAGAAUAUUGGAGUAUGUCCAGAAUAUUGGGGUAUGUCCAGAAUAUUGUGGUAUGUCCAGAAUAUUGGGGUAUGUCCAGAAUAUUGGGGUAUGUCCAGAAUAUUGGGGUAUGUCCAGAAUAUUGUGGUAUGUCCAGAAUAUUGGGGUUAUGUCCAGAAUAUUGUGGUAUGUUCAGAAUAUUGUGUUACGUCCAGAAUAUUGGGGUAUGUCCAGAUUAUUGGGGUAUGUCCAGAAUAUUGGGUUAUGUCCAGAAUAUUGGGGUAUGUCCAGAAUAUUGGGGUGUGUCCAGAAUAUUGUGGUAUGUCCAGAAUAUUGGGGUGUGUCCAGAAUAUUGGGGUGUGUCCAGAAUAUUGGGGUAUGUCCAGAAUAUUGGGUUAUGUCCAGAAUAUUGUGGUAUGUCCAGAAUAUUGUGGUAUGUCCAGAAUAUUGGGGUGUGUCCAGAAUAUUGGGGUAUGUCCAGAAUAUUGGGGUAUGUCCAGAAUAUUGGGGUAUGUCCAGAAUAUUGUGGUAUGUCCAGAAUAUUGUGGUAUGUCCAGAAUAUUGUGGUAUGUCCAGAAUAUUGGGGUGUGUCCAGAAUAUUGGGUUAUGUCCAGAAUAUUGGGGUGUGUCCAGAAUAUUGGGGUAUGUCCAGAAUAUUGGGUUAUGUCCAGAAUAUUGUGGUAUGUCCAGAAUAUUGUGAUAUGUCCAGAAUAUUGGGGUAUGUCCAGAAUAUUGGGUUAUGUCCAGAAUAUUGGGGUAUGUCCAGAAUAUUGGGGUGUGUCCAGAAUAUUGGGGUAUGUCCAGAAUAUUGUAGUAUGUCCAGAAUAUUGGGGUGUGUCCAGAAUAUUGGGGUAUGUCCAGAAUAUUGGGGUGUGUCCAGAAUAUUGGGGGGUCCAGGAUAUUGGGGUAUAUCAUGAAUGUGAUAUAAUCACUAGAAUACUAUGGUUUGCCAGGAAUGUUAUGGUAUGUCCAGAAUAUUAUGAUACAGCCAGAAUAUUGUGAUAUGUCCAGAAUAUUGUGGUUUAUAAUGUAGAGAUAUGUAUUUAGCUUUUUCCGAAAGAUAAGUAUGGAAUAUGUUUUCUUCUGUUAACUGUUCUAGAGAAGAUGAAGACAACCUGCCUCUGGACAACAAUGCAGAACCGCCUGCAACCAAUAAAAGCACAGAACAACUCUCCAUAUUG